AUGGCCGAAAUUGUACUCAUCGACUUUGCAAAGCACGUAACCCGCGCGAUCGACUACCUGGUCCUGAUGGUCAUCCAACGCAGCACACCCAGCCCAUCACUGACCUCCUUCUCCACAGCCCGUACAGCUGCCGCCAGAGACAGCUUACGAGAGCACACUACAUGUGUUGCGCUCCUUGUCAGUCACGAUGCCGAUCCCGCGCUCUUCGAGACAUGGGUGAACGAAGGCCUCUUGUUCGCCUCAUUCCUGCCUUUUGAUGUUGUGUUCUGCAGUGUUGUUGAGAUGGGACACGUGAAUGAUCUGCAGAGUUUGAGGGCAUUAGUGGAUGCGCUAAAGUCUGUGUCCCACAGAUCCGGGUACGCGGCGGGGGCAAAGCAAUUACAGAUCUUCCGCGCGCUGUACAAGGUGGCUGUAGUGCACAAGGUGCGAGGGGGGCUAGAUCUUCCGUCCACCACUGUGUCUGAUGAGACGCUACACGGGUCGCUGGCGCCGCCAGGUAGAUCGUAG